CGAAAACAUAGUCGAAAAUCGACACGACUCGCGAGGAUUCGAUUGGCGCCGGGCGGCCCUGCUUUACGGCAGGGACCCGCAUUGCUGCUGCCGCAAAGCGAACAACCAUCUACGCAGCCGACGCAGCCGUAGCGCUACAACAGCAGCCUCUAUACAUUGACAGCGAUUGGCGGAAAGCAGCAUGACCAACACCACAGACAAAAUCCUGGACGACGACGCCCUCGGCAAGAUAAGCGACGUCUUGGACCAGGGCGUCCAGCCUUUAUAUGUCGAGAGCGGCGGCUGGGAGGAGAUCUGGAUCACGUGUAAGCUCGACGCGGCGAUUUGCUUUUGUUUGUUACUCCUCUUCGAAUUAGCAAGGAGAAAAACCUCAGUCUACCUCUGUAGAUUGAAGCACGCGCUGCCCGAUCGGAAGCCAAAAGACGUGCCCAAGAGGCAUCCCUUCGCGUGGGUCGUUUCUUCCUCAUCCUUGUCAGAUGACCAGCUAAGGCACUGUAUUGGUCUGGACGCGUACUGUGCGAUCCGGUUUCUCAUGAUGUGCCGGGGGUUAUUUGGCUGGACGUCUAUCGUAUCGAUAACCCUUAUUUUAGCAUACAAGCAUGGCGCGUCGCAUCUGGAAGGGUUCUACGGUUUGACGCUGGGGAACUGCGAACACGUGCUGGAGGAUAGAUGGCGCUUAUGGCUCGCUGUGGUAUUUACCUACGCGUUCACAGCAGCAGCUAUAUACUUGGCGACGCGAGAGGCGCGGCACUAUUUACGACUGAGAAGAGAAUACUUGCGAAGAGGCGACGGCGCCGGUGAAAGUCCACAACCGAGAUGCUCCGUCCUGGUCGAAAGGGUACCCCCUCGCUUGCGGAGCGACGCGGCGCUGCACCAGUAUUUUGCGGCGUUGUUUGGACAUCGGGACGUGCAUUCUGCCGUAUCAUUUGUGGACUGUGCUCAUUUAGAAAAGCUGUUAGAUGCGAGAGACGCGGCGGCCGACGCCUACGCGUGGCGGUCGGAGGAGGGCGGGUAUGGCUACGCGACUAUUACGUCUGACGAAGGCCUCUCCGACCUCGCCGCGAUCCUAUCGGAGAAGGAGCAGGCCGUGCAGAAGUGCCAAGAAAGUAUUCGGGAGGCGAAGGAAGCGCGCGCGGCUGAGGUAUUGGAGGCCCACGCGUUGCUACCGACGACGCCUACAGACUCAAAAUUAGAACAGCAACCUAGCUUCAACCAGGCCGCGUCGAAAGCGAGGGACGCCUCGUUACAAGCCAUUUCCUUUCUAGGAGCUGUUGCUGGCCUGAACGAGAUCUCGAGGAGAUAUGCAAAUGAGGACGGUGCAUCGAGUACCGGUGUCGUUACUUUCUACUCACCAGCUGUGGCUUCCGAUGCGGCCCAACUAGUACUAACAGCUCGUAGAGGCGACGUCCACGUCUCAUUAGCACCGCCGGCGUCGGACAUGUUGUGGCCGAACGUUUCUAUACCCAAGGACGAAGUGGAUGAAAGGCUCGGCGCGGCCAACGUCGGGUUAUUUUUUCUGGCGUUGCUCUGGACUCCAUUAGUUGCAUCAGUACAAGCCUUAUGUAAUCUGGAGGUGCUGGCGCAUUACUGGAGCGCGCUCAAGCCUCUAGCUCGCGAAGAAAAGUACGAGUCGUUACGUAUCUUGGUGAGCGGUUCUCUCCCAGUCUACAUCAUGCUCGCGUUGCUGGGGGCCUUACCCAUUGUUUUGGAUGCGGUCGCCGUGUCGUACGCGGGCGUCAAAACGAAGUCGGCGGCGCACGCUUAUGUGUCAUCGCGAUACUUGUACUUCCAACUCCUGCAGAUCUUCGUCACGGUGGCGUCCGGCUCUUUACUCUCUGUUCUUAGACAAUUCUUAGACCACCCCAAGACCUUGUUAGAUUUGCUAGGGAAAGCGCUGCCGGGGAUGGGGUCCUACUUCCUCCAGUUAGUCAUCGCCAAGGUCUUGUUUUCUUUGGCCUUCGAGCUCGCUCGACCGACGGCGUUGAUCGGCGUCGUCGCGCGGCAAGGUGUGACAAGGUCAAAGUAUUUCAAGGUACCGGCGCGCGUUCGAAGGCGACUGCGGCGGCCGCCGGAGUUUGACUACGGGUCGUACCUGCCGGACUUUGUUUUAGUGGUAUUGGUCGGUACUAUUUUUGCGCCGAUCGCGCCCGUCGUCGCGUUGGUUUGUUUUGCUUACUUCGCCGUUGCGGUUAAGGUCUACUCGCACCAGUUCUUAUACGUUUAUGUGCGGGCCUACGAGACGGGCGGCGCGUUCCCCGGGCCGACGCUGGCGCGGUUCUUCUUCCUGGCGUUGGUGGUCGGUCACUUGACGCUGAUUGGUCAUCUCAUACUGUUAGAUGCGACGCACCAGGCGGUGGCCUUGGCGCCUCUGGUGCUGUUCACGUUGCGGUCUCGCUUGGAUGUGCGGAGGACCUUUGAACUCCCAGCUAGAUACCUAGACCGGGAAAACGCCGUGCGCUUCGGCUUGUAUGAAACCAGAAGAGCGAACCGGCACGCGACGCCGCGGCGUCGAAGGAGGUCCGUCGGAGAGUCUUCUUCCGACGAAAAGGACGACGAUUUAUUGGCCGUGGACUACUACAUCCAGCCGGCUUUAGCGGCGGGGCCCGUCGAGUUCGACGCCGCGCCUCAAUCAGAAAUGGUCGCGCGCGCGCCGGUCGACCGGAAGGGUGAUCGGCCGCUGUCGCCGGUUUGAUCUAACCUUAUAAUUUUGUG